GACGCCUGGGCGCGCCCUGCCCAGCCGGCGGCAGCGGCACCGCCUCUUUCCCCUGCGGCUGCACGGCUCGGGCUCGGGGCGAUGGGCUCCCGGGCGGAGGUGCUGCCGCCCGCGGACUGUGGCUGCGAGGGGGACCCCGGGGCGCAGGAGCAGGUCGGUGCCGCCCAAGCCCUGCGGGAGCAGCAGGUCCAGCAUGAACAAAGAAACCACACCACUGAACCAGUUGUAGAUGACUAUAAAAAAAUGGGGACUCUGUUUGGCGAACUAAACAAAAGCCUUAUCAGCAUAGGCUUCACAAGAAUGUAUUUUGGAGAGCGGAUUGUGGAACCUGUAAUAAUCAUAUUCUUCUGGAUUAUGCUCUGGUUCCUUGGUUUACAAGCUCUUGGACUCGUUGCUGUUCUGUGCCUUGUUAUUAUUUAUGUGCAACAAUAGUGUGGUAGAUGGCUUCUUAGAUGACCUGUUACUGCCGUGUCACAUUUUGAUGGAUUAUAUGUUGAAGCACAUAAGUGGCAUAUUAAAGGUUCAGUGUCCCAAAUCAUGUUUCACAUGUGUGCAAGGGGUUUUUUUGGGGGGUGAGGUUCAGAAUAACAUAGAAAGAAAGUUGGUUCUAGCACAUCUUCAAAGGAAAGGGGAAACAAUACGUUCUUAAUGGUACUAUCCAAAGUAACUUGUUACUUCCUGCAAUUUUGUGGGCUCAGUCCUAUUUAAUACAGCAUAAAAAUAGCCAAAUAAAAUUGGGCAACUACUUUUUCAUGGCAUGUCUGGCUGUUUUUAAUUGACAUUUCCUUUAUAGUGGCAAUUCCUCUCUUUCUAAUUUUAAGAAGUUGUUUGGAAUGAGAUUUCUUUUCUGUUCAGAAAGCCACGAAUCCAAAAUCCGGUCAACUACCUGAAUAACAAACCAGAGUGCAUGCAGACAUUUUAAUGUUGAAAGAGAACUAAGCUACAAAAGGUUUGCCAGAGCUUCCAGAGAGAAACAAAGCUAUACCAACAAAAACACCUUUAUAGUUGGUAUAAUUUCAACAACACUGGACUUCUGCUGAAUGUCGUGCAUGAAUUGCAACCCCAGCUGACAUUAAGGUACUGACAAAUGUUUCUAGUCAUAAUCUGGUCUGUUUGCCCACAGGUGUUUGGCUAAUCUUACAGUAGGUGGAAGCCUUGUUUUUUUACAGUAUCCUAGCAAGGUCUGGCCCUAGAAUAAGGUACGAGUGAUUUAUAUUAGUAGGACUCUAUAGCUACAUUCCAACUGCAUUCUUACUCAGAUCUGGUUUGAAAGUAACUGUCUACUGCAUCAGUAUCUAAGAAUAAAUAUCCAAGACCAAGAUGUAUAUUCUGUAGAAUUACUGAAAUUUGUAAAAUCCACUUUGGUUAUAUAGGUAGGGCCUGAUCUUGACCCAUACUAAGUUAAGUGAGUGCAGAGUGUUGGACAGUAUUAAGGAAAAAAAGAAGUGAGACAGAAUUCUUCACAAAAUGGGCUGCCAUUCUUUCAAAAAUAGUAUUUAGGAAGUAAUUGAAAUGCAGUUGGCGCUGCCCAAAGGUAGUAAUGAAAACAUGCAUAGACUGUGACAAAAUACAGUUUAAAGACCAUAAGAUUUUUACUUAUGCUUUUUUACAAAUAUUUUUGGAGUGACAGACCUCAACAAUGUAUAGUUUUACUUAAUUAGAAAUGAUGGGUCUAAUCUAAAAACCACUGAAGUCAACAGAACCAUUCCUUGUGGUCCCAGUCCCAAAGGUUUAGGGACCUUAAAGGCAGAUUCUCGUGUCCACAUGGAUCCCUGUGGAGUCUCUGGUUUGCAUGUGUGGAUUGCAUGGCAGAAUCAUUACUCAUAAACAUGUGCUGCCAUUAAGGUCAAUUAUUGGUCAUGCUGGUAGAUACACGGCCUGGUUCUCUAAAGGUAUUUCAUUUCUUAACUGCCAUCUACAAACAGGUGUCUCUUGGCUUUGUGAAAUCAAUGGGAGUUAGGUGUCUAAGUACAUUUAGAGCAUUUUGGUAAUGAUGCUGAUGAUAUGGAAAUACGCUACAGCAUAAAAUAUUCAUAGAUAUGUUUUUUGUCAACUGCUGCUGGAAGUUGAAAAGCUAAAUGCAAAUACAGUAUGAUCUUAAUGACAAGCUGUGGACUCACAAGUGCCUAAGGGUAAAUAUUUAAGUAUAUCCUUUUAGAAAAGUAAAAUAUACAUUGUACCUUUUGCAUAUUGAAUAUGUUUUUUGUGUGUGUCUGUAAAAGGGCUCUGUUCCAAAAAUCUCAUAAUUUUAUAAUUUCAGGCCAAAAAUUUCAUCAUUUACUAAUUUCAGGCCCCCCCCCACGGAAGUUGCCAGUUAGCGUUCAGCGCAUUUCACCGUUUUGUCUCAUCUGAUAAAAGUUGACAUCUUGCAGGAUAUCCUUAGUGCUGCGAUGGUGUCUAUACUAUAUUAGACCGUGUAUUGUGAUGCACAUUGUACUAGUUUUCUGAAAUAAAAGGAAACCUUCCCGUGGUUUGCUGUGUUAAGGGAAAGUGAAGCUAAUUGAUCACAGACAAAAUGAAGCAGGGACAACAAUAUAGAUCUCUUACUUUAUUAUAUGCAUGCUGUUUGUGAUUAUUACUUGUAUUAACAUUCAUCCCAGACAUUCUCCUGGCUUUUUUUUAAUGAGCUAUGGCAUGGGUGCCGCAAUUGGCAUGCUCAACCUCUGCAUGUGUUAGGUUGGACAGUGAACCAGCAGCACGAUGGCAGAUCAGGCAGGGAUCAGAAAACAAGCAUUAGAUCAGGCAGGGAGCCCAAAGCAGAGCAACAGAUAGGGAAAGGGAUCAGAAUGGCACUUGGGGAGGGUGCAGGUCUAAUUUGUGGCAUUCCCACUGAUUUAGACAUUCCUUUUUUUAUUUCCCCUUCAGUAAUUUCCCCUUCUUCUCUUCUUUAUAUGCUCCCACGUAUGAGGGUUCCAUACAAAGCACUCCGCUUUAAUCUCUGUAUGCUACAGCUAUAAUUUUAUUUCCCUUACUGUUUCUGGAGGGUAAGCCAAGGAGACAGCUCUGUUGUUUUGAAAAUGGGGUUGUGUGCGCAAAGAGACCUGAAACAAACAUGUACAUUAAAAAAUGAAUGUGAAUUAGUCAAAUGCCAUAAAGAAAUGGAUGAAGCCUACUCGCAUUGUUUUUUCCUCAGAACUGUAGGUUGAAGUUGGUGGGAUUGUUUGGUAUGCAAAGAAUGUAGAUUUAGUGCACAGACUAAAAAUAAAGGAUAAAUACAAUUGUAAUAUAUUGUUUGGAAAGAAGGAGUAUUUUCUCUUAGAAGCUGAGACCCUUAAGGUCUUCUCCGGUUCUAUGAAACUAUAAUGAUGAAUUUUCAUUGUUAAUGUUAAUACUCACAAUAUUUAUUAAUUCCAGUUCUAGCUAUGUACGUGCGUAUACAAUUGUAUGUAGACGUUACAUCCCUCAAAUAUUUAUUACAGAACAAAUUACAUAAUCCUUAUUGGUCAGAAAUUUUCCACGCAGCUCUCCUGUUUUUUAAAAAUAGACUUUUUAGUACAUGUAUCUGAGCCUUCCGAUUGUGUAAGUGCUUGAUUAUUGUGUACAGUUUGCAUUGGAAAAGGUGCCACAUUAAAACUGUUCAUAAGAGAGAAAUCUUGUUUCUAAAAAUAUUUGUGUGAAAUAUGAUUGAAAGCACUUUGUUAUUCUUUCUAAUAAAAAGUAUUCUGUCAUCACUCA